AUUUUAGAAUAUAUUAUGCUUAAAGCAUAAAUUUGAUUUCUUUCAAAUUGGUUUCUAGUUGUUGGUACAGAAAUGCAUGGUCUUAUACACUGCAAAAUAGAGAUUCCUGAGUCAAUUCAAUGUAUUUUUUUUAUUGGUAUUGACAGAUAUGAGGGACUGCAUCACAUGUCAGAGUCCGUGUUUGUGGGACUGCGUGAUAAAGUGGGAACCUCAAAACAGGUGGCUAUCAGGAGGGAGACAAUGGACAUCAAGGAGAUGGUGGACAGACGAGUGGCACCUUAUGAUGGAGUCAUUGGGAUGUUGAGUGGAAGUAGAAGAGAAGGGUUUAGUCUGGAGGGAUCAGAUAUUGACUUUAUGUACUGGCCAAACAACCACCGAGUGAUCAUGGACAUGUCUCAGUCUGAGUAUUACAACAAAGCCAAUACAACCUUGAUUCUCUCUGACAGUUUUGAGAGUCCACCAGGAUUCACUCUACUUCAGUUACUGACACCAACAACAGACAGAGACGUCCAAUCAGCAUGCGUCAGAAUGAAUGACAAAGUCUAUAUAUCUAGUUCUGCAUUCAGACAGAUAGUAUUACUUUGUUUAGCACCACCGGGACUUAAUGUUACUGAACAUGGACCCUGUAGUAAUUUUAUUAUUAAAGAAGAACAUGAAGGUGACCUUGCCUUGUGUUUUGUUUGUGACUUUUGGCCUCUGUCUGCUUCCUCAUGGAUAAACAGAUGUCACUCAUGGCCUGAUCCUGAAGUUGUUGAUGACAUUGUCAGAAAUGGAUGUCACUUUGUAGCAAUAGGACACCCAUUAGGACCCCAUGCAAAUGAAGAAUGGAGAAUUUCUUUCUCCCAGGCAGAGUAUAAAUGUGUGUAUGCAAUGAACCACUGUCAGUUUUUGACUUAUGGAUUAUUAAAACUUUUUCUUAAAGAAGUUUUAAAUAAACAGUUAGAAGAAACCAAUAAACUGUUGUGUUCCUAUCACAUGAAGACAACUAUUUUCUGGGCAAUUCAACAAAACACACUACCUCACUGGUGUCCACAAAACCUCCUAGCAGGUUUCUGGGUCUGCUUUAAACUCCUCCUAAAAUGGGUGUAUAAGGGGAUCUGUCCUAACUUUUUCAUCCCACAAAACAACAUGUUUCUGACAAAGGUCCAUGGCUCAGCACAAAACAGAUUGUUCCUACAGUUACAUGAAUUGUACAAGAAAGGUCUGGCCUGUCUGUUACAGAGUCCCUCUAUCAGGUCCUACAUCAUUGAUGUCCUGUACAAUCCUAGAGUUUUUGUUUGUACAGAUGAGAAUUUCAUGAAGUCUGAAGUUGACUGUGAUGUAGAACUUGGCUAUAAGAUGGUAGAUCGUAUUACUUGCAAUAGCAGACUCAACAUAGAUCUCCACAGUUGUGUGAAAUACGUAUAUGGAAUAGAACAGUGUGUAGAUUUACGCCUAACACACUAUGAAGUCUUCAUGUUACAGAGACUUACAGCGUCCUUCCUUCGAAACACAGCUGUUGUAUUACACAACAUGUGCACUAACACAAGAGCUAACAAACGGAUGUAUAUUGCAGACAAAAUGUCCCGCCACAUGCUGAAAUUAGCAGCCAAGUUUGGGAAUGUUUCUGACAUGUUAUUCAUUGCCAUUUAUUAUUACAAGACACUCAGAUACAGGGAAGCUUCAUCUCUUAUAAAGAUAACAAAGGCCAAGUUAGCACAGCCAUAUCUGAUGUAUAAUGAAUGUGUAGAUAGGGAGAGAUAUAUUGAGGCUGUAGGGGGACAGUCCUUGUCUACAAAGAUGAGACAAGCUGUAGCAAAGGAUAUCAUACUUGACACCAGAAUCUUUUAUAUCAGUGAACUAAUACCAGAACAACAGUCUGCUCUACAGAAUGUAGUGCAUGUAUUAUAUAUCCCAGUGUUUGUAAUGUUACACUUCCUAGAGUUCUUGUGUUACAGACACAUUGAUACAACAUUAUCACAAGCAGCUCUAGAUGAGCUACAGGUCCUAGUCCACCAUGAUCAGGGACUGUAUGUACCUGAUCUAUUAAGAGACAUCUCCUGGGAGAUCCUGGGGAUCUGUCAACAGAUCACAGGGAACCACCAGGCUGCUCUAUACUCAUACCAACAGUCACUCACACAGUAUCCAUUACACCAAAUACACACUGCUACACAGAUGAGAAUACAGGAUUUAUAGUGGGGAUAACUGCACACUAUCACACGUAGAUGAUUCUGAGGUGAAUUUAUAAUGGGGAAACGACUGAUUUAAGAACCAUUCAAUAUUCAUUUAAUGAGAUAUCGGCUCUUCUGUUUGGUCGAGCAAUUCCUUUGAUACCUGCAUUGUUACAACGCACUAAGCAAAAUUUCAAAGUGCGUUAUUUUUUUUAAACCAAAAUUUUGUUUAGAGUGUUUGUUCAACGUUUUAUUCAUAACAUAUUUUUCAUAUUUAUACCUUAUACUGCAUUAUUGUUACUUUCGGUCGCUUACAAUAAAAAAAUCACAGC